AUGGGAAAUAAUCUUUGCUUUCAAACAGGUGAGAGAUCUUCACAGUUUCCUCAACUGUUAUUAAAAUACGAAAUAGAGAACUGUGAGAUUGCUUUAACAGCAGGUCCAGUUGAAAAUGAGGACGUGGAGUGUUUAGUGAUUCCGACUGAUUCUGGAUACACUAAUAUAAAGUAAAGCGACAGACCUAAUUUUAAAUAAAUAAACGAGAAAUGUGUUUAUGUGGCCGGUAGUAAAAGUAUUGAAUUAAUAAAUAUUAACAAGAACGCAAGAGCUAGAUUUUUGCAGUCGUCAUGGACAAGAAUUACGCAGUGAAAAAUGAUGAUGGAGAAGAUGAGAAACAAACUAUUUAUGCUGUAGUUCAAGAGGCUCUCAAAUUGGUAAGAUAAUCAGAUCUAUUCUAAGGCUGAAUAAAAACAAAUGAAAUCAGUUGGAUUUCCAGUAUUUGAAUCUAAAGAUCAUACGACUUCAGCUACAAUCAUGUUGAUGGCUAUUAAACUGACUAUAACUGAGUAAAAAAUAAAAUCCCUUAAAAGAAUUGCAAUAACUCUUGAUGUAUCAAUCUUUGUCUAAUUAUAAAAGCAUAUAGAACAAGUUAGCAGUUUUAAAUGGGUAUUCCAGCAGGUUUUCAAAGGAAGUGAAUAAUUAAGAUAUUCAAGAACCUACUCAAGCUCGAUAAAUACACAAAUAGAUUCGAUCUCAAUUGAAAAUUUAAAGUCUAAGGUAAAAAGUAAUACCAAGGAAGAAACCCCUUGAAUUAGC